CAGCCACAGCAGUUCGGAGCAGCCCGUCUGUCCCUUCUUCCUCCCUCUCCUCCCCACGCGCGCGCUCUAUAAAUUCCACUCCCCACUUCCGCCCGCAGCCUCCUGUCUUGCCCGGCGGCACACGAGGUAGCAGCAGCGCCAUGGCACCCUUCUGACCGGCCGCUGCUGACUGCUGUGCUGCACAUCUGUCCUUCCCGUACCGGCGGUACCGCGUUGUACAUGUGUGAAGCCAGAAGCUGCAGGUUUCCCGGUUCGUAGGUUUGGUGGCUCCGUACAUGCGCGCUUGAGUUUGCUGAUGUUCAUCUAAUUUACUGCGGGGAGAAGUAGCUAUCUGCUGAGAGAAGGCAAAGGGGGAGAAAUUGAAAGGUCACUGGGGAGACAAUCAGAGCUGCAGAUGCCGAUCAGAUUACGGGAGUACAAUUAGAUCAAAGAUCAAUUACUAAAUUGCCCAUAUUUACAUUUAUUCAAGUUCCUAACCUACCCUCGUAGAAAUCAGUAGUGAUCACAAUCCGGAGGUGGAGGAACCGGAGGUUCCCCCAAGCAUCGUAACAAACCUCGAUUCUCUAAACCAAACACGCUGUUAGUUCCUCUUCUGUUCUCCUUGAGAUCUACUUUUCCGUAUCAGAUAGUGAAACGGCAGGAUGGUUAACUUUGGAAAGAAGUUGAUGCAAAAUCAAGUAGAAGAAUGGAAAGGGUACUAUAUCAAUUACAAAUUGAUGAAGAAAAUGUUAAAGCAAUAUGUUCAACAGACCCAACUUGGUGGGAAAGAUUGUGAACAAGUUCUUAAAGAGUUCUCAAGAAUUCUUGAUGACCAGAUUGAAAGGAUCGUGCUCUUUCUGCUACAACAACAAGGCCACCUUGCUAGUAGGAUUGAGGAAUUGGGAGAGCGACGCGCUGCUCUUCUGGAACAGUAUCAUAUGUCACAAGUUGCCCAGCUACGUGAUGCAUAUAGAGAAAUUGGGCUUGAUCUUAUAAAGCUUCUCCGCUUUGUUGACAUGAAUGCUACUGGUAUACGCAAGAUACUAAAGAAAUUUGAUAAGCGGUUUGGCUAUAAGUUUACAGAUUAUUAUGUCACCACUCGCGCAAACCAUCCUUAUUCUCAGCUUCAGCAAGUAUUUAAGCAAGUGGGAAUCGUAGCUGUUGUAGGUGCAUUAUCACGAAACCUUGAAUAUCUGCAACAUCAUCAAGGAAGCUUUGGAUCCAUCUACGAUCAUCCGUCAGUUACCUUGAAGGACCCUAUUAUAGACCAAGUGAACCAUGCAGUCCAGAAACUUACACAUGCCACGAAUUUUAUGCAAUUCUUGGGACAACACUCGCUUAUAGUCCAGGAAGAUGCACAAAGCGGAUCGGAGGAUCUUGUUGAUGAUCAGAGCUACCAUUUCAUGUCUCUGCUGCUUAACCUAGUGAGCACGUUUAUUUAUAUGGUGAACACAUAUAUCAUUGUGCCGACUGCAGAUGACUAUGCAGUAAGCCUUGGGGCAGCCGCAACGGUUUGUGGUAUAAUUAUUGGAUCAAUGGCAGUAGCUCAAGUGUUCUCCUCAGUCUAUUUCAGUGCAUGGUCAAAUAAGUCAUACUUCAGGCCUCUUGUAUUCAGUAGUAUCAUGUUGUUUUUCGGAAACCUGCUAUAUGCAUUGGCAUAUGAUCUGAAUUCACUAAUAGUUCUCCUGAUUGGACGGCUACUAUGCGGGUUAGGCUCUGCAAGAGCAGUGAACCGUCGCUAUAUCAGUGAUUGUGUGCCUCUCAAAAUCAGGCUACAAGCCUCUGCUGGAUUCGUUAGUGCUAGCGCUCUUGGCAUGGCAUGUGGUCCUGCUCUUGCUGGUUUUCUCCAGACAAAAUUCAAGAUAUACUGGCUCACUUUUAAUCAGAGCACAUUGCCUGGAUGGGUCAUGUCCAUUGCUUGGCUUAUUUACUUGCUGUGGCUAUGUCUUACAUUCAAGGAGCCGGAACACUUCACUGAAUCUGCAGUCAAUAAUCAGCCGUCAGAAUCUGGUCACCAAGGAAGUGCUAACUUGGAGGAAGGUUUAGCUCAACCAUUGCUUCUAGGCACAGAAGGAAGACAGGACGAGAUCUCAGAGGAUAAUGAAGUAGACUCGGAAAACUCUCAUGAACCAGCAACAUCAAUUGCUUCAGCAUACAGAUUGUUGACUCCUUCUGUGAAGGCCCAGCUAUUGAUAUACUUCAUGCUCAAGUACGCUAUGGAAAUUUUACUAUCUGAAUCAAGCGUUGUCACCACAUACUACUUCAGCUGGUCAACGAGUGAUGUGGCUAUCUUUCUAGCGAUUCUUGGAUUAACGGUUCUUCCAUUAAAUGCCAUUGUUGGUAGCUACAUUACAAAUUUAUUUGAGGACAGGCAAAUUUUGUUGGCAUCUGAAGUCAUGGUUCUUAUCGGUAUAAUCAUGAGCUUUCGUUUCACCCCUCACUACUCCAUUCCUCAAUACGUCGUUUCAGCUCUCAUCACAUUUGUAUUUGCUGAGGUGCUGGAAGGGGUGAAUCUAUCCUUGCUAUCAAGAGUAAUGUCGUCGAGGCUUUCCCGAGGAACUUAUAACGGCGGACUCCUCUCCACAGAGGCCGGGACGCUGGCCCGUGUAAUUGCAGACGCGACGAUUACCGCAGCAGGUUAUCUAGGCACGGACCUCCUCCUCAACGUCACCCUGCUGCCACCUCUUGUGAUCUGCAUAGUCUCCAUCGCUGCAACACUCUACACCUACAACUCCCUCUACUGAAGAAGCUGUUUCUCUGUAUCUGUACAGCCCUAUUCCCUGCAAAAGUUUUUCAUGCCCACAUUGGGCUGCAUCGCUUGUUAAAGCAUUUGUGAUUUGUGGUCCUCGAUCAACAAUGUAAAUGUCCAUUUGUUAAAUCUACAUAUACCAUGGACCGUAUCGCUGUA